AUGGAGAACAAUUCAGAGGUGACAGAGUUCAUUCUCGUGGGGUUAACCAGUGACCCAAAGCUGCAGAUUCCACUCUUCAUAACUUUUCUGAUCAUCUAUUUCCUCACUCUUGUUUGGAACCUGGGGAUGAUCCUUUUGGUCCUGCUGGACUCCCGUCUCCACACUCCCAUGUACCUUUUUCUCAGCAACCUCUCUCUGGCUGACAUAGGUUACUCCUCAGCUGUCACUCCCAGAGUAAUGACAGGCCUUCUCACAGGAGUCCACGUUAUCUCUUUUUGUGACUGUGCCAUUCAGUUCUUCUUUUUUGGAUUUUUCGCCAUUAUUGAAAGCGACCUGUUGGUGGUGAUGGCUUAUGAUCGGUAUGUAGCUGUGUGCAGACCCCUUCAUUAUAACACCCUAGUGACGACAAAAGUUUGUGCUUUCCUGUGCUUAGGCUGCUAUGUCCUUGCUUUGCUGGAUGAAUGUAUCCAUACUUGGAACAUUUUCAGGCUCUCCUUCUGGACAAGCUUUGGAGUCAAAUUUCUAUGUGAGAUUGUGACUAGUAUGUUUUACUUUUAA